ACUCAUUUUGAGUGAGGGAAGAAAGGUUAUUGAGUUUGCCAUGGCGGCCCCGCUGGGUGCUCUUGCUCUUGGGAGGAUGCGUUUGGGAAAUGCUUGCAUUGGACACGCCAGCCGCCGGGUUCCGACUCUUACAGUACUUUGGAGAAGAUGUUCCCAGUAUAAAGAGGUGGCCACUGAUGAAGACCUGCCAGUUCCAAUGGAAAAUCCCUACAAGGAACCAAACAAAAAAUGUAUUUUGUGUGGAAAAACUGUAGAUUAUAAGAAUGUACAGCUUUUGUCCCAGUUUGUUUCUCCAUUCACUGGAUGCAUUUAUGGGAGACACUUAACAGGCUUAUGUGGGAAAAAACAGAAAGAGAUUACAAAGGCUAUUAAGCGGGCUCAGAUAAUGGUUUUGCAUUGCUUCCUUUGCAAGUGCUCAUCUUCUCUGACCACUAGUCUAUUGAGGAAUGGCUCUUAAUUUGUCUCAGUUUGCUCUAGAUCUUAUGGCAGACUAUGAUUUAUGCCAGUUACUUACAAGGAUCCUGCGUAUCUGAAAGAUCCCAAAAUUUGUAACAUCAAAUACUGAGAAUAAAGCUAGUACCAAUUAAACUUACUUGACAGAUGUGUGUGCUAUCAACUGUGAUUCAGUUUUAAAAACAUUGGCCUGCAUGUCACAAGAUCUGGCUUAUUUCUAUGUUAGGUUCUGUGGGCCUGUUUCCUCAUCUGUAAAAUGUGGCUGGAAAAGAUGGUCUCCAAAGAACCAUACAGCUCUUAUAUCUGAUUUUGAAUUAUUAACUUUCACACUCUUGUGGUAGAAAAUUAAAAAGCUCAGCUGAACUCUA